UAUCAUGCCAAGAAAUUGUUGGGUAAAACUAUUUUCUGUUGACUUUUGCUAGAUAGCAACAUAGACUUCUAAUGACAAUUUAAUGUGAUUUCUGUCCCAUAAAAUGUUCUCUGUACGAUCCCCAGUUCUGGUCAAUAGAGGAUGGGUUCCACGCAGUUGGAAAGACAAGUCAUUGCAAGUUUCAGAUGAUGAACAGCAGCCUUCAAGUAAGCCACCUGUUGUAGUCCAAGAGAGCAAAAAAAGCCAGUGGUGGAGGUUUUGGUCGAGGAAACCAGAACAUAUUGAGGAUGAAGCUCCUGCUAUCACUUCAAUAGAAGUUAUUGGUGUUGUCCGUGGGAGUGAGAAGCCUAGCAUAUUUGUUCCAGCAAAUGAUCCAAAAUCAAGCCAGUGGUUCUAUGUUGAUGUUCCUGCAAUUGCUGUUGCUUGUGGGCUUCCGGAGAAUACUCUUUACAUAGAGGACAUCAAUGAAAAUGUCAAUCCAAGCAAUCCUUACCCUGUUCCAAAGGAUGUUAAUACCUUGAUUCGAAGUUCUGUCAUGCCUCAAGACCAUCUAAAUUAUACAUUGACAUGGUAUUCUCUAUCCGCGGCAGUUACAUUUAUGGCUAUCAAGAGACUCAAGCAAAAGAAGAGAUAGCAGGUCUUACUGUCAUCUUUAUUUGCAUUCUUAAACUCGAAUCACAGAAAUAUGGAGAAUUCAUUUUGCCUUAAUGUUGUUUCAACAGAAUUUAAAGAAUUCUUGUUUUCAAGUCAUUGCUUUCAUUCUUUAUUUUACUCUAUUUUUUAACCCAUCUUCGUGGGAUUAUAUUACACUUUUUAAAAAGGUAAGGGCUUAAAUUUUAAUUCAGCCAGCAAAAGCAGACAGGAACAUGUGUGUUGUUGGGUCUUCAUGUGACUGCAUUUGCAUGUUUGCC